ACAGAUGAUAACCCAGCGCGAGCGCAGCUCCUCGUUCUCAGCCCCAGCCCGGUGUCGCGUAGGAGGGCAACAAACAUGACUCCUUCAACCAUAAGCUUUAUUUUGGUGCUUUCAGGAGUUAUUAUUUUACUCUCGGAGACGCCAGGGGCCGAGGCGCAGCAUUGUAUCUGGUAUGGAGAAUGUGGCAACUCGACUAUUCUACCAGAUAAAAAGUACAACUGUAACUACACUGGACCUCCUAAACCUCUGCCUAAAGAUGGACAAGACCUUUUACUGGAACUUUGCCCCGGUUUGGCCUACGGUAACCAGAGCGUCUGCUGCGACACCCAGCAACUGCGCACACUCAAGGGCAACAUCCAGAUACCUUUACAAUACCUGUCCAGGUGUCCGGCAUGUUUCUUUAACUUCAUGACCCUGUUCUGCGAGCUGACCUGCAGCCCUCGGCAGAGCGAGUUCCUCAACGCAACCCAGUUUUCAGCCGACGCUGUGGACAACAGCACCAACGUAGUCGAACUCUCGUACUACAUCAACCAGGAGUUCGCUAACUCAAUGUACAACGCGUGCAAGGAUGUAGAGGCUCCUUCCAGCAACGUGAAAGCUCUUAGUCUGCUGUGUGGCCGAGACGCCAGUGCCUGCACCCCCACCAAUUGGAUCGAGUACAUGUUCGAUACCAACAACGGCCAGGUUCCUUUUGCCAUCAAACCCGUGUUCACAGGUGAUCCUCCAUCUGGAAUGACCUUCAUGAACAACCACACGUUUGGCUGCACCGAGUCUCUAGACGACGGCUCGGCACCGUGCUCGUGUCAGGACUGCAGCGCCACCUGUGGGCCCUCGCCCAUCCCUCCGCCCAUCCGUCCUCCGUGGACAAUUUUGGGCUACGAUGCCAUGUACUUUAUCAUGUGUCUCUCGUACCUGGCCUUUCUCCUCGUCUUCUGCAGCUUGCUGGCUUUGGCAUGGUGCUUCAGGAAAAGGGACAUCACGUCGGAGUAUGGCCCCAUUCAAGACGCCAACGAGCCUCUUUCAUUGAACAAGGACUCUGAUAGAUCAUCCAGUGGCGUGACGUGUUGCGAGUCUCUUGGUGAGCGCUUUGAGAAUUUCCUCCGCCGUAUCUUCAGCUGCUGGGGCUCGUUCUGUGUGCGCCGCCCCCUGCUGGUGAUCUUCUCAACCAUCGUGCUGGUGGUGAUCUGCUGCUUGGGUUUAAGGUACAUGCGCAUCACCACCGACCCGGUGGACCUGUGGUCGGCGCCAGACAGCCGCGCCAGGCAGGAGAAGCAGUACUUCGACGAGCACUUCGGCCCCUUUUUCCGCACAGAGCAGCUCAUCAUCACCACUCCAUGGACUAACUGGUUCACGUUCGAGUCCACCACCGGCGGUGACAUCCCCUUUGCGCCCAUCUUGAACAUCUCUUUGCUCCAUCAGAUUCUGGAUCUCCAGACUGAUAUUGAACACCUGGAGGCAGACUUUAAUGGAGAGAAGGUUACCCUGAAGGACAUCUGCAUAUCUCCUUUGGCUCCUUACAACAACAACUGCACCAUCUUGAGUGUGCUUAAUUACUUCCAGAACAGCCAUGAAGUUUUGGACCACAUCUUGAGAGAUCAGUUUUACGUGUACUUUGAUUAUCAUACGCACUUCCUGUACUGUGUAAGUUCCCCAGUAGCCCUGGAUGAUACGGGACAUUUCCACGACCCCUGCAUGGGCACCUUUGGCGGUCCUGUCUUCCCCUGGCUCAUACUCGGCGGCUACGAAGGAACGACGUACAAUAACGCCACCGCUCUAGUGAUCACCUUCCCAGUCAAUAACUACCUGAACGACACGGAAAAGCUGGGCAGAGCUCUGGCUUGGGAGAAAGAGUUUGUCAGAUUUUUGAAAAACUACAGCAACCCCAACCUCAUCAUCUCCUUCAACUCGGAGCGCAGCAUCGAGGAUGAGAUCAACCGAGAGAGCAACAGUGACAUCGCUACCGUCCUGAUUAGCUACGCCACCAUGUUCAUCUACAUCUCCCUGGCCCUGGGUCACAUCAGGAGCUUCAGUCGCCUGCUGGUGGACUCGAAGAUCUCUCUGGGUAUAGCAGGAAUCCUGAUCGUCCUGAGCUCCGUUGCGUGCUCUCUGGGAAUUUUCAGCUACUUCGGCGUUCCUCUUACCCUCAUCGUCAUCGAGGUCAUCCCCUUCCUGGUGCUGGCAGUAGGUGUGGACAACAUCUUCAUCAUGGUGCAGACCUUCCAGAGGGAUGAGCGGAUGGAGCACGAAGAGCUGCAUCAGCAGAUUGGCCGUAUCCUGGGAGAUGUCGCCCCAAGCAUGUUCCUGUCCUCUCUCUCGGAGACCGUGGCAUUUUUCUUAGGAGCUUUGUCCCACAUGCCGGCCGUACGAACGUUCUCGCUCUUUGCUGCAUUGGCUGUGUUUAUUGACUUCCUCUUGCAGAUUAGCUGUUUUGUCUCCCUGCUUGGUUUGGACAUCAAGAGGCAAGAGAGGAAUCGACUGGACAUCCUGUGCUGCAUCAAGCUGUCCAAUCAGGAGGAAGAGAAUAGUGAUGGUGUCCUCUAUCGCUUCUUCAAGAAAGUCUAUGCUCCCUUCAUAUUGAUGGACUGGGUGCGCCCUCUGGUGGUUGCCGUGUUUGUGGGAAUGCUCUCGUUCAGUAUAGCGGUCACCGACAAAGUGGAAAUCGGACUCGACCAACAGCUGUCCAUGCCUGACGACUCGUUCGUGUUGCACUAUUUCGGGAACCUGACUGAAUACCUGCAUACGGGUCCUCCGGUCUACUUCGUGGUCAAGGAGGGUCACGAUUACCGCACAAUGGAGGGACAGAACCAAGUGUGUGGCGGCGUGGGCUGCAACAACGACUCGCUCGUCCAACAAAUCUACACUGCGUCACUCAUGAGUGACUACUCGAAGAUAAGCACGACCCCGUCCUCGUGGUUAGACGACUACUUCGACUGGGUGAAGCCGCAGUCUACCUGCUGCCGAUUCUACAAUUCUACCGGAGCCUUUUGCAACGCUUCAGUGGUGGAUCCUUCCUGUGUGCACUGCAGGCCUUCAACUCCCAGUGGAAAACUGAGACCUAACGGCACUGACUUCAUGAGGUUCCUUCCGAUGUUCCUGUCUGAUAACCCCAACAUCAAGUGUGGGAAAGGUGGCCAUGCUGCAUACAGCACUGCAGUGGUGCUGAAGGACGACACUAGCGUGGGCGCCACCCAUUUCAUGAGCUACCACACGAUCCUGAAGACUUCUGCAGACAACAUCGACGCCAUGAAGAUGGCCCGAGAGCUGGCCAAAAACAUCUCGCUCUCCAUGGGCUCGGAGAAUCAGACGUACAAUGUCUUUCCAUACAGUGUGUUCUAUGUGUUCUACGAGCAGUACCUUACCAUCGCCCACGACACGGCUCGGAACUUGGGCGUGUCCCUGGGGGCCAUCUUUAUAGUCAGCACGGUGCUCCUGGGCUUUGAGCUGUGUUCGGCCAUUCUCGUCUCCCUCACCAUCGCCAUGAUCCUGGUCAACAUGUUCGGUGUGAUGUGGCUGUGGGGCAUCAGCCUUAAUGCCGUGUCGCUGGUUAACCUAGUCAUGAGCUGUGGUAUAUCGGUGGAGUUCUGCAGCCAUAUCGUGAGAGCGUUCUCCAUCAGUACUAAGGCCACACGGGUGGAGAGAGCUGAGGAGGCCCUGGCGCACAUGGGCAGCUCUGUGUUCAGCGGCAUCACGCUAACGAAAUUUGGCGGAAUCAUCGUCCUGGCUUUCUCCAAAUCGCAGAUCUUCCAAGUCUUCUACUUCCGCAUGUAUUUAGCCAUUGUGCUGCUGGGAGCAGCUCACGGCCUCAUUUUCCUCCCAGUGCUUCUGAGUUACGCAGGUCCGUCUGUUAAUAAAGCAAAAGUCUUGGCAGCACGCAGCCGUUUCUCCGGGACAGAGCGCGAAUACCUGCUCGCCAACUGACGGCAACAAGGAAACUGAAACAUCGAUCCACAAGGGACUCUGUGGGUACAGCAGUUUCUCAUAAAAAACACACUAACAAACGCACACCCACACACUCACACCUCGACUAUAAGACUCUAACUCAGGACUUCUGCUUGGGAGGACACACACACAAUCCAGUGUGAUUAUGGGGGAAAACGGUUCAACUGUGGGAUUUCGCUUCGGCAAAGCAACAGACGAAACCGGGGGCUGUGACUGAAACUGUGUUCAAGCUACUUUAUAGAACAGAAUUACACAAACAUGCAAUAUUAACUAUAACAACAUGCAACCCGGACGUGUUCCUGAUCUCUGGGGUUAUUUAUUUUGCCAAAUGUUUUUUCCUUCUGAUGCUUUAAAUCACGUCGCCUGUUGGGGGAAAAAAAAAAAAAAAAGUAAAAUACAGCACCAAUGGUAAUUGGGUUCAUUUAUCCGAUUGUAUUUGAUUCACAUGGGGUGUUUUUUUUUUUUUUUUUUUUUUUUUGUUUUGUGAUUGCUGAAAAAUCAGUAAAUGGUACAAAAUAACUGCUUAAAGAAAAGCAGGAAAUCGGGACGCUGGACGCGCAACGUCCUCGGGUUCAGGAUUUGCCGGUUUCUAUGAAGUGCUGUAUCUUUUACAGAUCAGCGUACACGUUUACCUCAGUGCUCAAGUGUCCGAGGAGUAAUUCUCAGAAGAAUAAAAAUAAAAUAAUAGUGUUUGGGAGUUUAUAUCAGAUCUAGGGUUAGACACGUUCCACGUGCUAGCGAUUUUAAGAUUCACGACUCGUCCGGAAACGCCCUCACGUAGCCGUCAGAACGCCGAUCCUGAGACACAGGAUCUUAUAUAUAUAUAUAUAAUAUAAUAUAAAAUGAGGAAGAAAUGUUAGUUAUACAGUGAGGUUGGGAGAUUGUAUUUUUUAACUUUUUUUUUUUUUAUUAAUUUCUCAAUCUGAGAUGUACUGAAAAGUUCAAGACUGCAUUCCAUGCUGAAUAACACUUUAAUAUUUGUGUGGUUUUGUUGGGGUUUUUUGGCAAUAAAAAAAAAAAAAAAAAAAAGUGCUACUAAUUUGUAAUCCA